GCAGCAGAGGUCUGGAUCCAGCACGGGGGCGGCGGUGCUGUCAGCAGUGUGUCUCGGGCUCGGAUGUGCGCAAGUCUGGAGCUCUGGAGCGUUGGGGCCCCGACACUUUAAUGGGACCCCGAGAGCCGGAUUGGAGUUCUCAAUUUUUCCCCCACAAUCGUUGCUCCCCGGCCAUGCCACAAUGCUGAUGAUUCCUCUGCUGGUGUUGCUGAGCCUGUUGGAUCCCGUUACUCCGCGGGCCCGCUGCGCCCCGGGCCAGGCUUGCGAACCCCGGCAGCGGAGGGACGCCGGGGGACGCGGGGGAGUGUAUGAACACCUCGGAGGAGCCCCGAGGCGCAGAAAACUCUACUGCGCGACUAAAUAUCAUUUACAAAUCCAUUCCAACGGGAAGAUAGACGGAUCACUGGAGGAAAACAACCAGUUCAGCAUCAUGGAAAUCACAGCCGUGGAUGUGGGUGUCGUGGCCAUAAAGGGCCUGUUCUCUGGCAGAUAUCUGGCCAUGAAUGGCCAAGGGCGGCUGUAUGCCUCGGAAGUGUUCAACCAAGAGUGUGAGUUUGUGGAGCGGAUCCAUGAGUUGGGUUACAACACCUACGCCUCCCGCCACCACUCCACUGAGCAGCCGCUGCCACCAGGGGGGGGCAGCAGCAGGCGGCGGGCCAGCGCCAAGCGGCAGUGGUACGUCUCCAUCAACGGCAAGGGUCGGCCCCGGCGAGGCUUCAAGACCCGGAGCACAGACAAAGCCUCGCUCUUCCUGCCUCGGGUGCUAGGCAACAAGGACCAUGAGAUGGUGAGGCGUUUGAGGGACAGUCAGAGCGCACAGCAUCACACGCAUCACAACGGACGCCGAGGGGACCGCCGCAGACGCAGACACCGCGCCAGGAAGGGCCGGGGCCGAACGCCCGAGGACUGAAGGACUCUCAGAUGGAGCUGACCUCUGAUCAGCACAAACUGUCGCUGGGUCGCAGUGGGGGGGACACCUUGGGAUCCUGCCUGGAUUAGCAGAAUUUGUCGGUGCACAGAGACAAUAAGAGACUAGAAGACGGAUAGAUAGUGAUGGGGCACGCUGAAAAACUGAACCGAUGACCUUAAAUAAAUGAUGUAAGCAGAUCACACAUAACUGUAUUAGGUCGGUUGAAAGUAAUAAUAUUAAGUUGAACCCAAUAUUUUUUAUUUAAACUUACUAUUAGAACUAACCUAAUACAGUUAUGUGUGAUUUGUUGACAUAGUACUUUUAAUUAAAGUCAACCUUGCAGUUAUAUCAAAUCUUCCACUUCCAGGAGACUGUGGCUCACACAGCGGCAUAAUCUCCUGUUGACUGACUGACCCAGUGCUACUGCCAGCCUGUAAACUCACGUGUUAAUGUAUUGAAAACAUUGUUUCUUUGUAAAAAGUUCUACUUUUGAUUUUCCUACACCAUCACACAGAGAGAAAAUCCUGAUAGAAGUGGCUCUAUUGUAAAUACAGUAUGCACUAUGCAUGUGACUUAUAGCUUUUCCUUUGUCAAAAGCUGUGAUGACAAACACGGUAUAUUAAACAAUAUUUUGCUCAUUUGAAGUGCUAACAGAUAUGACGGAUAUUUAAGGGAGGACUUUAAUCAGCAAAGCACUUUUGAUCAGAUUCACAUUAAGAAGCGGGGUGAGCUCAGUCUGCUGUAUUCUUUGUAACAAUGUGAUAGUCUACUGUCUGUAAACGGAGAGAUGUACCUUGUAUAUUUUUACUAAUGAUAUGAGUAUUUAUUUGGUGCCUGUGUUGUAAGUUAUUGAUAAUACUAUUUCUGCAUUUUACCAAUGUCGCUGUUUGUUCAUAGUUCCCACCCCCCCACCUGUUCCAACAUAAAACACAAUGGUACUGACA